AUGCCAUUGUCCAAGUUGCAGGGCGUCAAGCUCCCUGCCUCGGCUGAUUUUCAUGUCCACCUCCGUGACGGUCCGAUGAUGGAGCUGGUGACUCCCACCAUCCGUCAGGGGCCGAACUUGGUGCCGCCCAUCACCACGGUCGACCGUGCCCUUGACUACCAGAAGCGUCUGCAGGCCAUCGAGCCCAACGUGAACUACCUCAUGUCGCUGUACCUGCACGAGACAAUCACUCCGGAGACAAUCAUUGAGGCCAAGAAGCGUGGAAUCACAGGUGUCAAGAGCUACCCCGCCGGGGUGACCACCAACUCGAGCUCGGGCGUGGUCGACUACACCACAUUCUACCCCGUCUUUGCGGAGAUGGAGCGCCAGGGUCUGGUUCUGAACCUGCAUGGCGAGUGUCCCUCCACGGGCGAUGUGACCGUUCUGUCGGCCGAGGAACGGUUCCUGCCCAAACUGUUCGAACUUCAUGCCCAGUUCCCGAAGCUCCGUAUUAUCCUGGAGCACUGCACCACGGCUGCGGCCGUUGAGGCUGUCAAGAAGUGCGGGCCCACUGUCGCCGGUACCAUCACCGCCCACCAUCUGUCCAUCAUUAUCGAUUCAUGGGCAGGCGACCCAUUCUGCUUCUGCAAGCCUGUCGCCAAGACCCCUGCCGACCGGGACGCCCUUCUCCAUGCGGCCGCGUCCGGCAACCCCAAGUUUUUCUUCGGGUCCGACAGCGCUCCUCACCCUGCCGCUUCCAAGCGUGGCGGUGAGAAGAUUGCCGCUGGUGUGUUCACCCAGCCAUACACCACUCAGGUUGUUCUUGAUUCGUUCGAGCAAGCCAUCCAGAACGGUGUUCUCAAGGAUGAGGAUAUCACACCGGAGAUCCUUGAGGGAUUCAUGAGCAAGUUCGGACGGGCCUUCUAUGGCAUCGGCGAGGAGAAGAAGGAGUUCAUCACUCUCGAGAAGAAGGGAGAGAAGAUUUCAGAGAUCCUCAAGUCCGAUCAGAUUGAUGUGGUGCCUUUCCGUAAAACCCAGGACACCUGGAGUGUGUCGUGGUCGUAA